AUGCACAGCGUAGCUGGAGCUACGGGGAGUAGCAAAGUUGUGGCCACAUUGCGCGCCGAUGGCAGUGUGGCAAUGGAGGCUCAAUCCUUGAACCAGCAGCUAUCCAAUUUGUUGAAUUAUGAAAUUCGGACCGAGGGUGAGCUUCUGUUAAAGAAGGGUAGCACGCACGGGCCAACAACUGUCGUUGACUUGGGGAAGCAGCUCUUGCAAUGUGCGCGAGACAGUGACGUUCCCGGUGUGAAAGCUGCCCUUGCACAUGGCGCCCCGUUUGUGUCGGACUGGCUGGGCAUGUCAGCACUUCACUUUGCUGCGAUGAACAAUCAACUGGAAAUCUGUGAAAUUCUCUUGCAAGGCGGGAUCAACAUGGAGGCGAAGACAAAAGUAGACCGAACUCCACUGCAUCUAGCCUGCUAUUUUGGACACGAGCGGAUUGUAAACCUGUUGCUAACCCUACGGUGUGCUGUAAACGCACGGGAUAUGCUUCGCAUGACACCCCUGCACUGGGCUGUGGAGAAGAAGCACAAAAGUAUUGUUCGCAUGCUAUUAAAGAGUCAUGCAGAUGUAACGCUAGUCUCCAAGUUUGGGAAGACCCCCAUCGCCCUGGCCGUAUUAACAGAGCAGGCAGAUAUCUUAGCGGAGCUCGAAGCGGCGCGCCAAUCCCAAGCCAGCCGUAAAUUUAACGAAGAGACGGAGCAAAGAGCACGCAAUAUUAAAAAAGAAACCAGUGAAGCAGUUAAUUCUAUUAUGGAUGAGUCUAAGUCAAUACGAAGCCUUGACGACGCCGACAUGUCGGUUGAGGAUAAGAUGGAUGUUCUAGAGACGUUGCGCGGCCAUACAAAUAUGCUGGGAAACUCUGCCUUAAAUAUGCUCAAGACGCAUGGCAUUGCAGACAUGAUGCAGGACAAUCAAAUAGACGACGAAGCUUCGAAAAAGAUGUUAAACACCGCACUUCGAAAUGGUCGACAACUGGUGCUCUCUGAGGGCGGGCGUAUGUUGUUACAUGAAACAAACCGCGGCUCCAAUGUCAAACAUAGUACAAAUGGAUCUAUAAACAAUAGUUUAAGAAACAGCGCAGUCAGUGUGCAGCAUCCCAGUAUAAAUCAAACAACUCUCAAUUCUUCCCCACAAAAAAUUCGUAUGAAUGUUAUCAAACAGAAGGAGUCAUCAUCGUCAGCAAGUUCAUCAGGUGGUGUUACGAAAAACAAGAAUAUAAGAAUAAUAUCGCUGACUGACUUCAAAAAACUUUGCGAUCAACCAAAAUCCCUUCAGAAAAUACCUGCAACCUUAGCAAGCUCUGGAGUCGUACGCCAACUUGCUGAUGGUACCAAAUUGGUUAAUAUGCGACAGAUACAAACUCGUCAGUUGAAAUUACCCUCAGUGCCCAGAUCCGUUGAUAGUAGUGCUAUUGAUGAUCAGCAGCAAGUACAGAACGAAGUCAUAGUCCCAUCGGCAACACACAAUCCCGCAACAACGAGCACGAUGCGGGGGCAAGUGGGCACUGUGCAGACUAUUCAACUGCGCCCUUCUCCAGCAGCCGGAACUGCUGUCGGCGCUACUAACAAUGGCAUUGUUAAUAAAUCUUCACCAAAUACAACGAUGCGCACAAAUCUGCGCACUGGAAAUGAGUUCAAUACUACGAAAGGCCCCAACGUUAUGCAGUUGCCAACAUCCACAGAAAUCUGUCGACAGGUGCACGAGCUGCGACGGCACAAUGAGGAGCUAAGGCGUCGUGUUGAUGUAAUGCAGAAGGAAAAAGAGGAUAUGCUGCUGCGUAUUGAACGAUUGGAACAAUUGGUUCUGAUUCGAGAGUCGGACACAGAAAUGAAAUAUGUGGAUAUUUAGCGAAGGUGUAGUUUAUUUACUUUGUAAAUAUCGAUAACAUUACGCUAGGAAUCAUACUUAAGUAAGUUUUAAUGUAAGGAAUAUUUUUUCAAUUUUUAGUUUGA